AUGUGGUCCCACGAUUACUGCACCGUCUGCGAUAAGCAAUGCCCUCCCGGCACUAUGUACUGCUCAGAUGUCUGCCGGGUUAGAGAACUGAAUAAAUCUUGCGAAGUCUCUUCUUCUUCCGAUUCAGUUUACUCUUCUCUCUACACAACAACCCGUCAUCACAGCUUGAGUUCACCACUGCCUGCUUGUGAAGGCAUCAACUGCACUUCAACUACUUGCGUUUGCUCAGCACCUUCUAGUCCUUUGGCUAUCCCCCACAGCCACCACCACUCUUCCAGAUGCUCUUCUUCAGAUGCAGAUUACUUUUUCGGCGGCUCUCAAUCGCUAUUCUACAAUAGCUCGAAUUGCUCCUCUUCCUCUUCUCCCUGCACUCCUGAGCUGAGCCCAGCACUCACAAUCUCUUCAGCCUCACCUUUAUCUAUCCAGAGCAGCGAGUAUCUUUAUGCCGGUGCCCCACGACAUGCUAUGGUGCCUUCUAAUGCUAAGAAUGACACCACCCAGCUGUCGCCACCACCUUCGCCGCUCAUGAUUCCUUCAUCUUACUACUACAAGUCUUCCACAGCUUCCAAUGGCAACGAGAAGACCAGUCCUUACAAGUUGAGUGAACGGGGUCAUUCUACUGCAAGUGAAUACACAAAUACAUCGAGCAAUUACAGACGAUGGCUCUCAGCUGUUUAA